AUGGCUCCCAGCACUCAGGCGACCCAGAUUUUCGAUGAUGCAUCUCACUCCCCGACAAAGUCCGUGUUUCGAUCACUUCUAUCGUCCAAGGGCCAUAAGCGUAACCAGUCCGCGGACGGUGCCGUUUACUCGAAGGGUUCCCACCAGGCCCAACCCCCUACUGACUCAUUUGUUUCUCCCGUGGAUCAGGCUUACGCUGCCUUGACUCAACAACCCCUCAGUGAGAUUGUUCCUAAUCGGGAUUCUUGCGAGAAUGGGGCAUUCUACCCUGGGUCGCCUGGGAAGCGGGAAAAGGGCGGGUUACACAAGAAGACUAAAAGUGCAGUUUCCUUGAAGUCUCUCAGAACUUACAUGGAACGCAAGGACAGCAAACCGGAGGACGCACCGGAGGACGCCAACAACAAACCCAAAAAGGCAAAGUCGGCCAAUAGUCUGUCCGCAAUCCUGAAACGUUCGCAGCGAGGAAGGAAGUCAGAGGAGUCUAAGAGUGCUGGGGACAAAGAGAACAGAAGCCCGUCUGAUCUUGCUGACCACAUGCGCUCCCCCGUUUGGGGUCCUGAUGCACCUCAGUCGUUCUGCGAUGAACCUUCCCCAGCAUAUAGCCACCAAAGGAGGAGAACCUUGCAAGAAGAAGUCUCACUUUACACUCCUAAGGGGUACGGACCGUCUCAACAGCGCAACUUCUACGAUUACCAUCAGCCGUCCCUCUCGAACUGUACCAACCCUAAGCCUCGUCCCAAGUCUGACUACUUCGCGGGAAAUAACAAGGUGAAGGACUUGCUUGUACCAUUCCAGGGUAUGUCCUUGAGUAAGCAGUCUUUAGUGGAUCAGCCAGAAUCCGCGUCGGUGAAGACGCAUGGUCGCUCCCGUGGACUGUCUGGCUCUGGGUCUCGUGCAGAAAUAGAACCGGAACCGCAGCAAAGUCCAAAGCGAACUUCUCGUGUGCAGGCAGCCAUUUCCGCCUUCAAUGCAAGGGAAAAAGAAGUAGAGUUGCAGAAGCGCCUCAACGCCAAAGACCUUGAAAGUGAAUUUGAGAAGCUUCUGGAUGCAAGAAAUAUCCCCCACAAUAUGAGAGAUAAGAUGAGGUCUUUGGACACGAACAUUAAGGCUGACUUCAUUCAAAAAGACAAGAUUGAGAAUGCGACCCCGCAUAGCGCAGGUGCAGGCGCAUUCCCCGAUGGAAGCAGUCGACGGGGCCGGGGGAAGGAAAAGAAAGAGGACCGCAAUAGCCAUGAUCAUAAAGGUUCCCGAUCACGCUCAAGAAGUCGGGGAUUUACAUUCUCCAAGGGGAGUUCGUCCCCCAGCAAGAAGCCGCGCCCAGAAAGCGGUGGCUCUCACCAACGACCCAAAUCGGCAGAUUUCAGUGCUCCAAACGGAUUGUCGAGAAUUUCGACUCCUGCGACUUCUACGACCUCUCUUGCGGCGACAGCAUGUCACGACACGGCCACUGACCCGUCAGACUUUGUGCACUACCUCAAGGAGAUCCAGAAACCUGAAAUGAUCGAGGUUGGUAAGAUACAUAAGCUUCGACUCCUGCUUCGAAAUGAAACCGUCAGCUGGGUUGAUGGUUUCAUUGCGGAGGGUGGCAUGGAUGAGAUUGUGCAAUUGCUCUACCGGAUUAUGAACGUCGAAUGGAGGGAAGAGCACGAAGACAAUCUGCUCCACGAGACAUUGUUGUGCCUGAAGGCUCUUUGCACGACGUCCGUUGCACUGCAGCGUUUGACGGAUAUGGAAGCCAAAUUAUUUCCAGCCCUACUAAACAUGCUAUUUGACAAAGAAAAGAAAGGCCCAAGCGAGUUUACUACUCGUGGCAUCAUCAUCAACCUCCUAUUCACCCAGCUUUCCAUGGCAUCUUCCUCGCAGGAUGCGGCCUCUCGUGCUACUCGGAUUUUGUCUUACCUACGAGACCCGGCUGAGGAAAACCAACCUCUUUCCUUCAUUGCAAACAUAUACCAAUCACGCCCGUAUCGGGUCUGGUGCAAAGAAGUCUCGAAUGUGACCAAGGAAGUAUUUUGGAUCUUUCUGCACCAUCUGAACGUGAUCCCAGUGGUGAAAUCUGACCAAUCCUCGCUUCGGAAUUAUCGAGAACGUCACUUUCCUGUUCCCAGGCCUCCGGUUCCUGCUGCUCCUUAUGUGGGCGGAGUCGAAUGGGAUGCCACAAAUUAUCUUGCUGCACACUUGGAUCUUCUCAAUGGUCUGGUUGCCUCUCUACCAACCGGGGAUGAACGGAACCAGCUCCGUUCGGAGCUUCGGGCGUCGGGUUUCGAAAAGGUGAUGGGGGGCAGCUUGAGAACUUGUAAGGAGAAGUUUUAUUCUUCCGUGCACGACUGUCUGAGGACCUGGAUUUCCGCCGCUGUGGAAGACGAGUGGCCCUAUAUGUUGGUUCGCGAGGGCCCACCUAGACCCGACCCUGCAUCGCCUCCCAAGUCACCCAUUAAACCGGCUGGCGGGAGCCCUAAAAAAAGUGCUCUGGAUGAUAAGCCUCCUAGACUUGACCUGGUCCUGGAUGUCCCUAUCAGUAACCAGUCAUUGCAGCAGAAUGACGGGUGGCUGUGA